CACCGGGUAUAGAGACAGGGACAGGGGCCAGCCCGCGCGUCCGCUCUGCAGCUGAACCGUCGCAGUCGCCGUCGCCCGCUGCGGUUUCCACGCCACUCGCGCGCACGUAUAAAACCGUUUCAAACUUCGCCCCACCGCUUCCUCGGCCUCGGCCUCGCGUACCGACAGGCACUCAUCUCUUUCGCGAGUUGGCCUGGCCUGCCGCAGUUUUCUAUUAACCGACCCGGCCGCGCGCACUAGCUGCUGCGAGACGGCGCUCCCGCUCGCUCGCUUGGAUAACCUAUUUCUUGCUCGUGCCGGUCGGUUAGCCGCCCGAGAGAGGAGGCUGAUCUGUCCUCGCGAAGGCAUUGACUUCGCCUGCCCCAGUCGCGCGCGCGUGCCUGGCGAUGGACGCGGCGGCAGGCGCGCCAAUACCAGCGCCGUCGGACGCGGGGCAGGGCACGGCGGCGGCGUUCCCGAUCGCCAUCGUCAUCGCGAUCGGGUUCAUGGUCACCACGCUCAUCCUCAUCAGCUACUACUUCCUCGUGGUCCGCUGCUGGCUCCGCGGCGGGGGGCCCGGCGGCCUGCUCCACCGCGCGCGCCGCGAGGACGACCGCGGCGGCCUGGCGGAGCGCGUGUCCGCGGUCUUCUUCGCCGACCACGAUGCCGCUGAGCUCCCGGGCGGGCUCGACCCGGACGUAGUCGCCGCGCUGCCCGUCGUCCGGUACUACCGCCGCCGGGCGAGGUCCGCGUCCGAGUGCGCCGUGUGCCUGGGCGAGUUCGCGCCCGGGGAGCGGCUCAAGCUGCUGCCCGGCUGCUCCCACGCCUUCCACAUCGACUGCAUCGACACCUGGCUCCACCACAACGUCAGCUGCCCGCUCUGCCGCGCCGUCGUCACCGCCGUCGGCGUGCUCGCGCGCCACGACCACGACGCCUCCUGCCGCGACCUGCUGCAGCUCGGCGGCGGCGACGCGCGGCGCGUCGUCGACGCCGCGGCGAGGGUCGGGUACGGGAGCUCCUGCAGGUUCCCGACCAAGGCCGCCCCCGCCGUCGCGCAGGAGCCCAUCGCGCGCUCCUUCUCCAUGGACUGCUUCGCGGGGGGGCUCGGCCGGAAGCCGCAGGAAAAGGAACCAGCUGCCGGCAGCUGCGGGGAGGCCGGCCCGAGCCUUGCCGUUGCCGCCGCCGGCGGCAGCAGCGACGUCGCUGACCGCGGCGCUGGCGAGACGAGCGGCCGGUUCCGGCGGCUCCUGUCGUCGUUCGGGCUGGGUCGGAGCUCGCGGAGCACGGUGCUGCCGAUCCACCUCGACAACCCGUGACGGUGGCGGCGGCACCGGCCGGGUUCGUGUCGCUCAACGAUCGAUUAACCUAUUCCCGCACACUGCUUGUUCGCUUCAUUCAUGAUUAUUAAUUGAGCCGUGUCGUUUGCAUGCAAUGUACAGCUAGCCACAUAGAGGAGAGGCUUUGCUUCUUUUUUUUUUUAGUUUUUUGUUUUGUUUCGCAUCAACCUCGCAUGUCUCUGUGCGCAUUGUUGUCCUCGUGUUCGUACUCCAUGGAUCCGUGCUUGUUGGUGCACCAGAUGUCGUCGGAUGACAUGUCAAGUAGCGCAACAUUGUCAUUGCCAUGUCGUCCUCCUUCCGUGCUCCUGAUCGUUGACGUACACUAUCUCAUCAGGCUUGUUGUGUAACAUUGAUUAAGCCAGGACUUUUGAAAGUAAGUGAACUGUGUAACUUUGCUAUUAGUGAACUGUGUAUCUUUCCUGUA